AGCAGACGACUUUCAAACAGAGGGCUUUCUUUCUGUCCUUCUGAGCUCAGAAAUGACAAAGAGAUCCAGACGACAACAACAACAACAAGCAUAACAUGAUGAUGAUACAUUAGCCUCAUCUUCAUCAUCGUUAGUUCAUCGCUCUGGUCUGACCAUGCUCAAGGUGGGAUCGGUGGUGGGGUUGGUGGGCGUGUUGGUCACGUUAGGUGUGGUCUGGUCCCAGGGAUCAGCCUCGGCACCGUCGGAUCUCCGACGAAAUCUGCGGCAUUACGAACGCCUCCGAUCAUCGGAUCUGUCGCAUAGCAUCGUCAAAAGAGGCAUUGACCCGUCCAGCACGCACAAGUUCAACCAGAUUCGAGAAGUGGGUUUCAACGCCUUUGGACAAGAAUUCCGAUUGGUCCUCUCGCCCAAAAAGGGCUUACUCCAUCCCACUUUUAAGGCGGUGGAGGUCGUGGAUGAUGAUGAAAGUGGCGAAGAGAAAGAACAACCCGUGUUCAUCGACCAUGAACAUUUCUACGAAGGCCGAGUUUUCGGCCAUCUCAAAUCCAGCGCUUCCGUUCAUUUAGAAGAUGGGAUUCUAACGGGCAAAAUUGAGACGCCCGAGGAGAUUUAUCAUAUUGAACCCUCUUGGCGACAUAUUCCAGAGGAUGAUAAAGAUGCCAUGAUAGUUUAUAAGGAAUCCGAUGUGUUAUACAGUUGGGAGAACAACCAGAAUGACGAUUUCAAGCCGGAAAAGGUGUGUGACUUUGUCAAAGAGAAUGGAACCGCUCAAGAUCAGCAUCUGCCACUCAACGAGAUCCAUUAUGAUGAACAUGGACAUCCGGUUGAGAAUCUGGAUCAUGUCGACCAAUAUGGACAUCGAGCCAAACGUCAAACGACUGGCGAGCUUUAUAUGGAUCUCCGACAGACCCGCUGUCCUUUAUUGUUGGUGGCUGACUAUCGCUUCUUCAACGAAAUGGGUGGGGGAAGCUCCAAGACAACCGUGAAUUAUCUCAUUAGCCUCAUCGAUCGAGUCCACAAGAUAUACGAAGACACGGUCUGGAAAGAUUCCGCCGGAGGUCAAGGAUUUUCGGGCAUGGGAUUCAUCAUCAAGAAGAUUGUGGUACACAGAAAACCCACCCCUGUCCGAGAAGGUGAGGUACACUACAACAUGGAUCGCACUUCUUGGGAUGUGAGAAAUCUAUUGGAGGUCUUCAGUCGCGAGUUCACGCACAAGGACUUUUGUUUGGCUCACCUCUUCACGGAUAUCAAAUUUGAGGGUGGAAUCCUGGGAUUGGCUUAUGUGGGCUCGCCCAGGCGAAAUUCGGUGGGCGGGAUUUGUACUCCGGAGUACUUUAAGAAUGGAUAUACUUUGUAUUUGAAUUCGGGUCUCAGCUCUAGUCGGAACCAUUAUGGUCAAAGAGUGAUUACACGGGAGGCCGAUUUGGUGACCGCUCACGAAUUCGGUCACAAUUGGGGCAGUGAGCACGAUCCAGACUCGAGCGAAUGUUCCCCUUCGGCUAGUCAGGGUGGCUCCUAUCUCAUGUACACCUACUCCGUGUCCGGCUAUGACGUGAACAACAAGAAAUUCUCUCCCUGCAGUUUGCGAUUUAUCCGCAAGGUUCUUUUGGCCAAGUCUGGCAGAUGCUUCACCGAGCCAGAGGAAUCCUUCUGCGGAAAUCUUCGCGUUGAAGGCGAAGAGGAAUGUGAUGCGGGUCUCUUGGGAUCUGAGGACACGGAUGCGUGUUGUGAUGAAAAUUGCAAAUUACGACCCAAUGCAAAAUGCUCGGAUAAGAACUCGCCCUGUUGUAUUGGCUGCAAUUUCAUGUCCAUGGGCGCCAAAUGUCGCUCCGCUAAUUUUGCUACUUGUGAACAAGAGGCCAUUUGCACGGGCACCCAAGCCGAAUGUCCCACGAGUCAAGCCAUGCCCGAUGGAACCCAAUGUGUGGAGAAGGGCGAAUGUCGUAAAGGCCAAUGUGUGCCUUACUGUGAGACGCAAGGACUCCAAAGCUGCAUGUGUGACACGGAAAAGGACGCGUGCAUGCGGUGCUGUCGACGGAACCUCAAUUCCACAUGUUUCCCGAUUAUUGAUGCUCGAGGUCGGGCUGAUCGAUUACCCGAUGGCACGCCCUGCUACCAAGGCUUCUGCAAUAUGGGUCAAUGUGAGAGGACGAUGCAGGAUGUCGUGGAACGGAUCUGGGAUUUCAUCGACGAUUUCAAUCUGAACUCGGUCCUCAAGUUCUUCAAGGACAACAUUGUGGGGGCUGUGGUCAUCAUCAGUCUACUGUUUUGGGUGCCCAUCUCUUGCCUCAUCUCGUAUGUGGAUCGAAAACGAGCCGAGAAGGAUGAGGAAGAAUGGGAGUGGAAACGAACUGACGAGUUGAUUCAUCCCUCGGAUCGUCGGAGAAUCAUUCAUGUUCGCGUUCCUAGGCGAAAUCAGGCCCCUCCGGAUGGGCCCUACUCGAGCGGACCACCUAUGGGCGGUCCUUUAGGGGUUGGACCCCGCCUCCGGAGCAACCAAUCAGCCCUGUGAACUCCCGCCACCAUUACUUUACCCACCAAAGACGUUGUCUCAAGUGUCAUAAUCCCGUUUCCCCCUCAAAAAGAAACUUGUUGGGCAUUAUCACGUUUUCAGUUUCAGUUUCUAGCUCGAAUUGUGAAAUCCAGUCGAUCUCAUAUUACUUAUUAUUAUCAUUAUUACUAUUAUUACUAUUCUCAUCAUUACUACUAAAGCUAUGAUUUACUAGUCAAAAACAAUGUCCAUGCCAUUGCCAAUAAAAACUGGAAUGUGUCUCUGCGA